AUGGACACCAAGGAGAAAGCAGUCGAGGCGCUCGAAUACAUCGAAAAGGGCCCGGAAUCUAAACCAAAGCCUGGGCUCAGCGAAGAUGACAGAGAAUGGCUUGCGCAAAUCGACGCCAGGGAGCAAAACCGAAUCUACCACAAAGUCGACCGCCGACUGGUUCCUAUGCUGGCUUUGGGACUUGAAGCCAGUCUUGGCAUGACAGGCGACGACUAUAACGUUGCACUCGUGGUGUUCUUCAUUCCCUACAUCCUCUGCGAAGUCCCAAGCAACUUGCUGCUGUCCAAGUUCUCUCGACCCAGCGUCUACAUUGGCAUUCUAGUCACUUGCCGGGUAGUCAUCAUGACCAUGUCGGGCGUUACACAAUCGUUUGCAGGCUUGCUUGUCACUCGAUUUCUUAUCGGAGUUUUUGAGUCCGGCUUCUUCCCUGCAGCAAUGUGGAUCGUCGGUGAAUGGUAUCCGCCGCAAAAGACACAGACCAGGAUGGCCAUGUUUUAUCUGGCCAGCGCAGCGUCUGGGGCAUUUUCUGGUCUCCUGGCUGCUGGCCUUGCUCAGAUGGAUGGCCUAGGCGGCUAUGAAGGCUGGCGAUGGAUCUUCCUGAUUGAAGGAAUCGUCUCUGUCGUAAUCGGCGUGAUGUGCUUCUUCACCUUGCCAGAUUCUCCAACGAAGGCCAGCUGGCUCAAACCUGACGAAGCAAAGUUCCUCGAAUUGUCGCACAUCGCCUUUCGGGAGGUGAAGACGACGGAUCUUGAAGACGAGAAGAAGCACGUCAACUGGGGGAUCCUCAAAGAGGUCAUGACUGAUUGGCAGCUGUACCUCCAAGGCGUCGUGUUCUGGUCCAAUACCGUGCCGAACUAUGGGCUUAAAUUCACCAUGCCUUCAAUCAUCAGAAACAUGGGAUUCGAAUCGACGACUGCGCAACUACUUACUGCGCCUCCGUAUACAUGUGGUGCAAUUGCAGCAGUCCUCUCAGCGCUGUGGGCUGAUAAGUUGUCGUGGAGAAUGCCAUUCAUCGUUGCCCAUCAGCUGAUGCUCGUUGUGGCAUUCUCCGUGUUGUUCUCUUUUGCUGCAGAAAUCCAGAACAACAUUCCUCUCUGUUACGUGAUGGUCUGCUUGGCUUGUAUUGGGUUGUAUCCCAUCAUUCCCGGCAACAACUCCUGGACAAUCAACAACUUGGCCGGCGCAGAGAAACGAGCAAUUGGGAUUGCAUUCAUGAUCAUGAUCGGCAACAGCGGAGGUUUUGCUGGCUCCUUUAUCUUUCUUGAACGUGAGUCACCACGCUAUCCGACAGGUUUUGGAAGCUCGCUUGGCUUUGCAACUGCUGGAAUCCUGGCUGCACUUCUACUGGAGUUCCUCUACUGGAGUCAUAACAAGCGGCACGAACACUUGACCGAACAAGAGGCUAUUGCACAGUAUGGCGAGAAGGAGCUGGAGAAGAUGGGCAACAAGAGUCCGCUGUUCAAAUACUCGCUCUAG